CCGCGUUAGAAGCUCAAGCUGCAGGUACCGCCAGUCCGCUCCGCUCCGCUAGCUCCGCUAACCGACCCAUCACGUGAUGAGCAAGAUACCUUGGAAGUUCAUCUCUCGGCGAUUCUACCGCAACUUUGAAAACCACUCUCAUGGAUUAAAUAAAACAAACCAAUUCUUACAAAUUGUCGAGAGAUUGAGUUGUUACUAUGGUGCCGCGGAUAGUUCCAUUAUGGAGUCGAAGACUUCUAGGGCCGCAGCCAUUCUCGAUUUCGUCUUUUAUCGGUAGACAACAGCGUCAUGCAUUUUCCACGCCCGCUGCACGACAGCAGCAAGUACGCACACCCACAAUACAGAAUAAGCUGUCUUAUGGAAGUAAUCAAUCUGCCCUGUACUAUGCUAUCAGCUUAAUUAUUGGAACUGUUGCUCUUUCAUAUGGAUCGGUUCCCAUGUACAAAAUGAUAUGCCAACAGACCGGCUGGAACGGCCAACCCGUCCAAACCCACCGCACCGAAGAAAACCCCGCCUCCCGCCUCAAACCCGUAACCUCAUCCCGCAGAUUACGAAUUACCUUCAACGGAUCCGUAUCCGACGUUUUGCCUUGGAAAUUCACACCCCAGCAGCGGGAAGUUAGAGUCCUCCCCGGCGAAACGGCACUGGCGUUUUACACGGCAACAAACGAGGGACCUGACGAUAUCAUUGGCGUUGCUACUUACAGCGUUACUCCGGCGAAGGUGUCACCGUACUUCAGCAAGAUCCAGUGCUUCUGCUUCGAGGAACAGAGAUUGAGUGCGGGUGAAUCGGUGGAUAUGCCCGUGUUUUUCUUCAUCGAUCCUGAUUUUCACACGGAUCCGGCUAUGAGGAAUAUUGAUACUAUUACGCUGUCAUAUACGUUUUUCAAGGCUCGAUAUGAUUCUGAUGGGGUUCUGAAGCCGAUCCCAGGAAUGGCUAUUCCCGCCUAGUCUUCGCACUCUAAUUAUGCAAGCGAACGGUCCACUCUUAUAGGAUUUCUAUGGAGCAUGGGAUUUUUUUUUUUUU